AUGACUGGACUUCUUGGAUACAUAGGUGUCUGGAUACUAAUCUGUAUCCAUGUAACACCUUUGGUAUCAGCUCAAGGCCGUACUCAGUUUGUACAUUAUGACUUCACGAAGGCAGACCUGCAUCGUGAUGGAAUGGCAACUAUUGAAGAUGGCCUAUUGCAGAUUACAGGUAAUACAACCAAGAGCACCGGUCAUGCUUUCCACAAAACUCCCAUGAAGUUCACAGCUUCGUCUUCCUUUUCAACAGAGUUUGUCUUCGCAAUCAUUCCACUGCACAGCCCCAUUUCUUUCGGUCAAGGUAUGGCUUUUGUGGUAGCUCCUACCACAGACCUCAGGUCUAAUGGCACUGAAACUUCAGGGUUAGGGCUUUUCAGUACAGCUAAUGACAACAAUACUACAAAUCACAUCCUGGCUGUAGAACCUGAUACUAAUGAUAGCGCUGAAGCACUUGACAGAAGUAGUAACCAUGUGGGGAUUGAUAUAAAUAGCAAAAUCUCGGUAGAAUCUGCGGAUGCUAGUUACUAUAAUGAAACAGAGGGGAAGAACCAAACCCUGCUUCUUGCUAGUGGAAAUAGUAUUCUCAUUUGGAUAGAUUACGAUGGAAUAGAGAAGAGACUUAAUGUAACGUUGUCUCCUGUACCAACUCCAAAGCCAGAUUCACCUCUCUUGUCAAGCUCCAUCAAACCAAGUGUGCCUCUCUUGUCAAGAUACAUCAAUAUUUCAGAAAUUUUCAAUGAAACCAUGUUUGUAGGUUUCUCUGGAUCCACAGGCACACUCAAAAGUGACCAAUAUAUCCUUGCAUGGAGUUUCAAGAAAGGUGGACAAGCAGAAAGCCUUGACUUGUCAAAGGUUUUGGAUCCCCCUAAUCCACCUCCACCACCGAUAUCUUCACCACCACCCUCUCCACCACCAUCAUCUCUGCCGCCACCCACUCUGCCACCAACCUCUCCACCAAAGUCAGGGUCUAACCGCUCUAGCCGUGCUUUAAUUCUAGGCACUACUAUAGCAGCAUUUUGUUUUCUCAUAAUACUAGGAGGAAUUGUAUAUCUUCUUUACAAGAAAAAGAAGUAUGCUGAGGUUCUUGAACAAUGGGAAAAGGAAUAUAGUCCCCAAAGGUACUCCUUCAGGAACCUAUACAAAGCAACCAAGGGUUUUAAGGAGAAUCAGCUACUUGGAGCAGGAGGUUUUGGAAAAGUUUACAUGGGGAUGCUUCCCUCUGGAAACUUUAAAGCUGAAGAGGUCAAGAUGCAUUUGAAGAUAGGCAUGCUCUGUUCUCAGAGCAACCCAGAGAAUAGACCAAGUAUGAGACUUAUAGUACAAUAUCUUGAAGGAAAUGUCACUGUUCCGAGCAUAUCAUAUGAUACAUCUGGAUUUGGUAUGCCUAAUAUAAGCAAUGAAAUGGUAACACAACUGACUGCGACCUCCUCAUUAGCUAACUUCUCGUUUGAAGAUGUUACAGUCCUAUUUGGUGGUCGUUGA